CCCGCUCCGCUCCGCGCCCCGCACCGCCGCUCCGAGCCCCGCUCCGCGCCCCGCACCGCCGCUCCGCGCCCGCCGCCGUCCACCUCAGCAGAGCUCGCAGAGGAGGGAUCGCCCGGACCUCCGGCGCCCCCCAUCCCGGUCCGGCCCGGGAUGCUGCGCGGUGCUGAGCACUGAGGGGCACCAUGGGGUGCGCGGCGUAGCCCCCCGCCGUGGCCGCCCCGCCGUGGCCGCCCCGCCGUGGCCCCCGCGUGGCGCCGGAGCCCCCCCCCGGUCGGUGCUGAGCGCUCCUUGAUGGAAUUGCGGUGAAUGGAACAGAAGCCCAGCACCCUGGACCUGCUGUCGGAGCCAGAGGACACCCGGUGGCUGGAUGGGAAGCGCAAAAGAAAGAGCAGCCAAUGUUUGGUGAAGAGCAGCAUGUCAGGGUACAUCCCUAGUUACCUGGACAAAGAUGAACAGUGUGUGGUGUGUGGGGACAAGGCCACCGGCUACCACUACCGCUGCAUCACCUGCGAGGGCUGCAAGGGAUUUUUCCGUCGGACCAUCCAGAAGAACUUGCACCCCACCUACUCCUGCAAAUACGAUGGGUGCUGCGUCAUCGACAAGAUCACCCGCAACCAGUGCCAGCUCUGCCGCUUCAAGAAGUGCAUCUCCGUGGGCAUGGCCAUGGACCUGGUGCUGGAUGACUCCAAGCGGGUAGCCAAGCGGAAGCUGAUCGAGGAGAACCGGGAGCGGCGGCGGAAGGAGGAGAUGAUCAAAUCCCUGCAGCACCGCCCCAACCCCAGCGCCGAGGAGUGGGAGCUGAUCCACGUUGUGACAGAAGCCCACCGCAGCACCAAUGCCCAGGGCAGCCACUGGAAGCAGAAGCGGAAAUUCCUGCCUGAGGACAUCGGCCAGUCCCCUAUGGCCUCCAUGCCCGACGGGGACAAAGUCGACCUGGAGGCGUUCAGUGAGUUUACAAAAAUCAUCACCCCGGCCAUCACCCGCGUGGUCGACUUUGCCAAAAAACUGCCCAUGUUUUCAGAGCUGCCUUGCGAGGACCAGAUCAUCCUGCUGAAGGGGUGCUGCAUGGAGAUCAUGUCGCUGCGGGCGGCCGUGCGCUACGACCCCGAGAGCGAGACGCUGACGCUGAGCGGGGAGAUGGCAGUGAAACGUGAGCAGCUCAAGAACGGCGGCCUCGGCGUCGUCUCCGAUGCCAUCUUCGACCUGGGCAAGUCCCUCUCUGCCUUCAACCUGGAUGACACCGAGGUGGCCCUGCUCCAGGCUGUGCUGCUCAUGUCCUCAGACCGGACGGGGCUGAUCUGCGUGGAGAAGAUCGAGAAGUGCCAGGAGACGUAUCUGCUGGCCUUUGAGCACUACAUCAACUACCGCAAACACAACAUUCCCCACUUCUGGCCCAAGCUGCUGAUGAAGGUGACGGAUCUGCGGAUGAUCGGCGCCUGCCACGCCAGCCGCUUCCUGCACAUGAAGGUGGAGUGUCCCACCGAGCUCUUCCCCCCCCUCUUCCUCGAGGUCUUCGAGGACCAGGAGGUGUAGGGCCGACACCCCCCCACCCUGUGCCCCCCCCCAACCCCACUCUGGCCCCCGCCCCAAAUCUUUCUCGUCCCCCUGUAAGGACAAGGGGAUGCUGCGCCCAGGGUGGGGGUCCUGCUGUGCCCCCCAACAGCCACCCCCCCCGCCCCAGGACUUGACGAAUUUUGUUUGUUUGCACAGGGAAGGGCCCCGACAGUCGAGCGUUCCCUUUAUUGUCCUUCUCUUCGUAGAUUAUUAUUUUUUAAGCAUUUAUUUCCCUCCCUGAGAGGCUAAAAUAUUAAACUAACUGCACUUUGGAAGGAGGAGGAGGAGGAGGAAGAGCAGGGAGGAGAGGAGGGGGCUCUGGGCUGCACAGGGAGAGGCUGCCCCGGCUGGGGGGCCGUGGCCAUAUGCACUUUUGGCCGGGCAGCAAUUUGGGGGGCUGGGGUGGGGGCCAGGACUCCCCUCCAUAGCAGGGCAGGGGCUGGGACCCCCAUCCCCCAUAGAGGGGUGAGGGCCAGGACCCCCCCAUAGCAAGGUGGGGGCCAGGACGCCCCCCACCCACAGCAGGGUGGGGGGCAUGGGGGGGGCACAGCGGUGGGGACGGGGACCCCAGCCCGUCGGGGUGCAGGGCUGGUGGGCCCCCCCCAGCCCACUGGGUCUGCCCCGGCUGGGGUGACCCCCCUGUGUCCCCCCCUUAUCCCCACAUUUGGGGCCAGAAUUGGGGUUUUGGGGGUUCUCUUGUCUUUUUUGGGCUGAGAUGAGACAAUUUUGUGCCAAGCGCCGCGGAUGGUGGGCGCUGCAGGACACUGGGGGGGGCCACUCACCCCCAAACCCCCCCAACUUUUCCGUUGUCCUUUUUUUGUUGUUUUUUCCCCUUGUCCUCGUCGGUUUUGUCGUGUCCGUCAGGAGUUGCAAAGGCCCCGGAGGCGCUGGCGGGGGGGCCGUGGGUGCCCCCCCAGGACCCCCCACUGCACUACUGCCCCAGCCCCCCGGCAGCAGCACUUUGGGGGGGCUGCACCCCCCAACCGCCCCCCCAGUGCUCCCGGGGGGACCGGGCUGAGGCGGGGGCUGGCAGGGGGAAUCCCACAGGGGGCUUGAGGGGGGGGGGGGCACAGCUGCAAGGGGGCACCCGGGAAUGGUUUUAUCACCUUUUUACCCCCGCCCCAAAUUUAGGUUUGUGAAUUUUUUCUUACCUCAGGCGGAGGCCGAGGGGGGGUGCGGGCCGGGGGGGGGCCGGCAAGGCAGGCCGGGCCCACCUAAGCUAAUAUAUAUAUAUAUAUAUAUAUAUAAAUAUAUAUAAAAUAUAUAAUUUUUGUAAUUAAAAAAAAAAUCUUUUUACGGGUCGUUUAAAAGCAGAAAAUCCCAACACCAGACACGUCCCCCCACAGGCACAGGGGGCCGGGCUGGGCUCCCCCCACACCCCAGACUCCCCUCAGCCAUGGGGGUCGUGUCGGGGGGCCCCGCCAGACCCCUUGCAGCUGGGUUGGGGGGGCACAGCGGGGCUGUGGCUCCCCGGGGUGCCCUGGGUGGGGGCGCCCCAGCCCCAAGUACCAGCGCCGGAUUUGACCUUGGUGCAAAAUGUCUUAAACCCCCACCCGGGGGCCCGGCUCGGGGGUCCCCGGUUUGGGGGUCCCCGGUUUGGGGGUCCCAGCAGCACUGGCUGCGGGCGGUGCAAUAGGAGCUGAACACUAACGCCCGCACGGGGGGGGCACAGGCUUGGGGGGUUCGCCCCCCACCCCUGGCAGCACCGGUCCCAACACGUGCCUUGGGGCCACGGGCGGGGCCGCGGCACCCCGGUGAUGCCCCCCACGCCCGGUGGUGCCGCGGCCGUGCCGUGUUGGUGCCACGGCCACGCGUGUCGGUGCCGUGACCGCGCGGCGCCGUGGCCACUCGCGCCGGUAUUGCGCCAGCGCCGUGGCCGCGCCACGUCGGUGCCAGAGCAAGGCACGUUGGCGCAACGCCGGCGCCACGGCCACGCGUGUUGGUGCCGUGGCCGUGCCGUGUCAGUGCCAGGGCAACUCCUGUUGGUACAACGACGGCGCGGUGCCGGUGCCGUGGCCGUGUCCCCGCGCUGCCCGUGUGUUCCCACGCGCGCUCCUGUCGCGACACGGCAGCGCCGUCGCGGGACGUGUCUUAAUCAGCCCCCGUGACCCCCCCCCCCCCCGAGCGGCCACACGGGGCCCUGGGGCAGCUGGUCCCGGGGUGGGGGGCUCAGCCCGGCCCCCCCCCCCACCCGCUGCCCCCCGCACGCCCCCCACCCUGUACUUCCCCCCACGCCCCCCCCCCGGGCCGUCCCCGCGUCUCCGUCUCGCGUCGCCAUCGCACGUCCAGCAUCCAGCGUCGGUCCCGGGGGGCCACACCGGUGCCCCCCACCCCUGCGCCACCUCCCCCGGGCCACCCCCGCCCCGCGUCCCCCCGUCCCCGCGCCCCCCGUCCCCCCCCCCAAGCACAUACCUCAUGGCUCCCGGAGCUGCCCCUGCCCGCGGGCAUCGAGCCCGGCCAGUGCCUGGCCCAGCACAGCCCCGGCACGGCCCGGCUCGGCUCGGCGCGCCCCACGCGGGGUCCCCCACUAUGCAGGGUGCCGGGGGGGGGGGGGGGGGGGGCCGCGGCCGGCGUCGCUGAAUGUAGGGGCGCGGGCCGGGGGGGCCGUGGAGCCCCCGUGACAAUCACAGUCUGUGACGUGCGAUUUUAAACCCUUUUGUGUUUUGGUCAGGAUUUUAAAGAAAGAUAUUUUUAUGGUAA